UUACGGAAUUUGCCAUGUUCAAAUGUUAUUGGAACUGAAUUUGGCGGGAAUCAGAAAACUAACUGUCGGCAACUGUCGGUUAUUCACAGUUAUUCAGGAUCGCCUGUGGCAGCGUGGUGCGACUUGUUCUUAGUGAGAAUUACGAAUUGCUGCAUUUAUUUAUUACAAUGCAUCGGCAAAAAGAAGUUCCAUUAUCGAAAGAGUCUAGCAAUACUAUCGAUAGUCCUGAGGCUCUAGACAUUGUAGAAGAUUCGGGUUUUGGAAGUACUGCCGGUUCAUUUGCAGAAGGUUCGGUCAAGGAUGAAUCAAUAAACACAGUUUCAAGCAAUGUUAAGUUCAAGAGUAUACCGAUGGCAGAACAGAAACAAAAGAAGAAAAGACAAAAAGUUGUUGACCAGCUUGAACUUGAAAAUAAGCGCAUUGGUGAGAAGGAAUAUGAAGAUGGACUAACCGAGCAACGAUACAAAUGCUUAAUGCAUUUAUUAGAUCGUAGUCAGUUUUAUUCAAAUUAUUUAAUUAAGAAAUUUGAUGAGUCUCAGCCAUUUGUGACCUCCAAAAAAGGAAAGAAACAUCUACCAACGGUACCUGAUGAGAAUACUGCACCACAAAAAAAAUCAAAAACAGUGAAAAAGAAUUCUCAGAAAUAUGAUAUAGAGAAACAUAUAAUUAACGAUAUAAAAAAGAAAAAAGCUACUGAUAAAAGUAAAAAGAGUCUGAAUACCAAUGACAUUACAGAAGAAUUAAUGUCAAUCUCUGAAAACGAAAUGCAUAAUGUAAAGUCACAAUCUGAAACUCCAGAUGUGGCCAGUUUUGCUGUACCAAAGUAUUUCAAUGGUGUCCUGCGUAAUUAUCAGAUAGAGGGUUUGCAAUGGCUCAAAGUACUUUAUGAAAAUGGAGUCAAUGGAAUUUUAGCAGAUGAGAUGGGUCUUGGAAAAACAGUACAAGUUAUUGCAUUGUUUAGUCAUCUAAUUGAGAAACGUCAAAACGGUCCCUACUUAAUAGUUGCUCCGCUUUCGACUAUACCCAACUGGCUGAUGGAAUUUGAAAAGUUCGCUCCAAAACUAUCAGUCGUCCUAUUUCACGGCGACUCAACGGAGCGACUUGCCGCGCAGAAAAAAAUUCGUCAAAAAAUGCGUGUUGACAACUCUUAUUACACACAGCCAAUCGUCCUAACAACAUAUGAAGUACCACUGAUGGAAAUCCGAUUUCUGCAAAGUCAGAAGUGGAGAUACAUAGUAGUAGACGAAGGUCAACGAAUAAAAA